CGUUUCUAAACCUCUGCAACACCUCGAUCGACGCUUCAAGGUCUCCGGCUGAAAGCGACACGCGCGGCCUCUUGACUGCGACGACAACAACUCCUCGAAGCCACACGGAACUAACAACACACAACCCGCGCCUCCAUCAUGUUCAGAAACAACUACGACAACGACUCGGUGACGUUCUCGCCUCAGGGUCGCAUCUUCCAGGUCGAAUACGCAUCAGAAGCCGUCAAGCAGGGUUCAGUCGUGGUGGGCGUAGUCAGCAAGACACAUGCUGUGCUUGCGGCGAUCAAGAGAAAUGCAGAAGAGCUCUCGUCGUACCAGAAGAAGAUCAUCCCGAUAGACUCGCACUUCGGUAUCGCACUUGCCGGUCUUGCUUCAGAUGCCCGCGUCCUCUCGAACUUCAUGAAGCAGCAAUCCCUCUCCUCACGCUUGACGUACGACCGCGCAAUCCCUCUUUCUGAGAUCACCUCUCGCAUUGCGGAUCGCGCACAGAUCAACACUCAGCAGUACGGUCGAAGGCCAUACGGUGUCGGCUUGCUGAUUGCUGGUGUGGACGCAAAGGGACCGCAUCUGUUUGAGUUCCAGCCGAGCGGUGUCACGCAAGAGAUGAUUGCUUGCGGUAUUGGAGCUAGGAGUCAAAUGGCGAGGACGUACCUGGAGAGGCAUCUGGAUGAGUUUGAGGGAUCAAGCCGCGAGGACUUGAUCAAGCAUGCGUUGCGGGCUCUGAAGGAGUCGCUAUCCCAGGACAAGGAGCUCACCGUGGAUAAUACCAGCGUGGGUAUUGGGGGCAUUGGGGAAGACUUCAAGCACUUCGAGGGCCAGGACAUCGCAGAGUGGCUGGAUGCAACGUUCGAGAACCGGGAGGGCGGGGCUGAAGAGGGCGGAGAGGCCAUGGAGACGGAUUCAUGAAGGAUCUCGGUAGUUGGAGUUACUCUUCAAUAGGUAAUGCCAGCGCCGAAAGAACCAAAACUAUCCCCUCGCUGUAGGUUAGUUCUCCAAAGUGAGCUCGGCUGGCAGAUUAGACUGACACCCGGAGACACUAUGGCUGAUGAAUAGAUGCUCGAUCUCAAUGACCUCUACGAACGCACAAACUCCAUGUCUGAUUCUAUAGUGUCGCACGCGAACCCCAACAUGCCUUGCGC